AUGGCAUGGCAAAGGCCAGCAUGGCUGGGCGGUUUGGGGCCCAGGAGCAACUCCGAGACAAAGGGCACCGGUGGGCCGUCGAAGCCAACGACCAAGCAUGGGCGCUCGAAAGAAGGCCAAUCGUCAGGCAGUAGCGCCACCACCCUGAUCUCGCGGUCGAGCAAGGCUGCUAAUGGUUCGAGCAUCAAGGUCUCUGCUGCCGACAAGCUGAAAAGGAGCGGCGACAUCGACGUGGUGGUAAUUGGCGCUGGCCUCUCUGGACUCAUUGCGGCGGACGAGUUGACGCGAGCCGGCCUCAAAGUCAAGGUGCUCGAGGCCAACGAUCGGGUGGGUGGAAGAACGCUGGAUAUGCGCCUCGACGAUGGCAAUGUGAUCGAAAUGGGUGGGCAGUGGAUCGGGCCUGGCCAGAACCAGAUCCUGGAGCUCAUCAAGGAGCUUGGUCUCGAGACUCAUAACACCUACGACGAGGGGCUCAGCAUCUACCGAUCCACCGAUGGCAGAGUCAAGCAGUACAAGGAGAUGAUCCCUUGCGGCAUCAUCCCGUCUCUUGAUCUCCUCAAGGCCACUCGCAAGAUCAACAGCCUCUCGAGAUCCGUGCCAGCAAAGACGCCAAGCGAGGCCAAGCACGCCCGCUACUGGGAUGAAAGGUCUAUAGGCUGCUGGAUUGACGACGCAAUGUGGACCUUCGAGGCCAAGCAACUGUUCCGCAUGGCUAUCAAAGCUGUCUACGCCGAAGAUGCGGAGUCCAUCAGCUUCUUGGAUCUCCUCGCGACUGUUGCAGGAGCAGGCGGUGACAUCGAGCAAGUGCUGAGCGAUGCGCAGACUACUCGCAUCGUCCAAGGCCCACAAUCUAUCAGCGAACGUCUUGCCGCUCGUCUGCCAGAUGGCGUCAUUCGACUCAACCAGAAGGUGCUGAACGUCCACAGGGCGAAGGACGAUGUUGCCUCGGCGGAGGAAGCUGUGUAUGAAGUCUCGACAACCGAGGGCCAACACUUCAAGGCACCCGUUGUCAUCGUCACUCCACCUCGGCCGUUGAUCUGCCAGAUGGACUUUCAGCCGCCACUGCCGUCGGGUCUCAUCCAGUACUACCGCCGUCAGCCCAUGGGCUCGGUCAUCAAGUUCAACAUCGUCUACUCGUCUCCUUUCUGGCGCGCUGCGGGUCUCAGCGGUGCUAUGAUCAACGCAGACGAGACGAGCCCUGUUCAAUUGACCUACGACAACUCGCCAGCCGACGCCAAGCAUGGUGUCAUCGUCGCUUUCGUUCUAGGCAACAACUCGCGCCGCUUCCUUCACCAGAACCCAGAUGCCGACACUCGCAAGCAGACCGUGCUGGACUUCCUCGUCACGCUCUUUGGCCCCGAAGCGAGCAAGGCCACAAAGGUGCUCGAGAUGAACUGGACUCUCGCGCCCUACGCCACUGGAGGCUACGGCUCUUUCAACCCACCCGGCGUUCUGACCAGCUUCGAAGAUACGGAACGCGAUGAGAUGUCCAAGGUCGGCAACCUCUACUUUGCCGGCGACGCCACGAGUGAGAUCUGGCAGGGCUACAUGGAGGGUGCUCUGCUCUCGGGCAGACGCGUAGCCAGCCGGAUCAUCUCGACCUUCGAGCCUUAG